UCUACGGUCACUCCUGGAGCUUUGCUGUUGUACGCCCCUGCUGCGUCCCUGUGGGUUUUGUGCGACAGCGACAUGGAGGAAUUCGACUCCAAAGACAUUUCCACUUCGAAGGACGAGGACUGCGUGCCGUUGGGUGGAGAGUGUCAUGAAGAUGAUAUAAAUGAAUUAGUGAAGGAAGAUGAAGUGGAUGGCGAAGAGGAGACACAGAAAACCAAAGGGACAAAAAGAAAGGCUGAGAGCAUUCUGGCCAGGAAGAGAAAACAAGGUCGCCUCUCACUGGACCAAGAGGAGGAGGAGGAUGCCAGCAGGGAAUCUGGAGGGAGGAUUAUUGAGAAGGAAGAUGCAGCUGCAGAGCAGGAAAAAGGCGCCGAGUCAGAGGAUGCCAGGCAAGAGGAGGCUGACGUGCUGGCCAGCUCCAUCAGUGACGCAGAACCAAAAUCAGAACUGCCUCCGAGUACACAAACCAAAACAGGAGAGGAGACCGAAGAGACAAGUUCAAGUAAUUUGGUCAAAGUGGAAGAGCUAGAGAAACCUAAAAAAGCAGAAGAAGUUAAACUCACCAAAUCACCUCUUGCUGGUGAAGAAGUCAGGUUUCUUACACAACAGGGAAGGCUGUCUGGCAGGACAUCAGAAGAUGAGCCCCGCAGGUCCGAAGGUGUUCAACAUGCUACUGGAGAAGAGCGGAGGGCCGAUACUAAUACCUCCAGUAAGAAUGAAGCAGCUGGGCCAAAGUGGAAAGGACAGUCAGCUGUCGAUGUGUCUGGUGACGAAAGUAAACUCCGAUGCUGUAAAGAAGAAUACUGCAUAGGAACCUGGAAUGUUAGAUCUAUGAAUCCAGGUAAAUUGGAUGUGGUGAAGCAGGAGAUGGAAAGAAUAAACAUCGACAUCUUAGGAAUCAGUGAACUAAAAUGGACAGGAAUGGGCGAAUUGAAUUCAGAUGACCAUUAUAUCUAUUACUGUGGGCAACAGUCCCUUAGAAGAAAUGGAGUCGCUCUCAUAGUCAACAAAAGAGUCCGAAAUGCAAUAAUUGGGUGCAAUCUGAAAAACGACAGGAUGAUUUCAGUUCGUUUCCAAGGCAAACCAUUCAACCUCACAGUAAUCCAAGUCUAUGCCCCAACUCCUUAUGCUGAAGAAGGUGAAGUUUACCGGUUCUAUGAAGACCUACAACACCUUCUGGAAAUAACACCGAAAAUAGAUGUCCUUUUCAUCAUAGGGGAUUGGAAUGCAAAAGUGGGAAGUCAAGAGAUACCUGGAAUAACAGGCAGGUUUGGCCUUGGAAUGCAGAAUGAAGCAGGGCGAAGGCUAAUAGAGUUUUGUCACCACAACAGGCUGGUCAUAGCAAACACCCUUUUCCAACAACCUAGUAGACGUCUCUACACAUGGACAUCACCAGAUGGUCGUUACCGAGAUCAGAUUGAUUAUAUUAUUUGUCGCCAAAGAUGGAGAAGCUCUGUACAGUCAGCAAAAACAAGACCUGGAGCUGACUGUGGCUCAGAUCAUAAGCUCCUUAUUGCAAAGUUCAGGCUUAAGUUGAAGAUAAUACCAAAAACGACUCGGCCAUUCAGAGUGACUAAUGAAGAGGAUGCCACAAAUGAAGAAGCAAAAUCCGUCUUAAAGCAGAAUGAGAAAGAAAAACCUGAGGCUAACGUUCCUUCAACUGUGUCCUCAGUUCCUGGUGGGUCAGGCGUGACUAAGGAAGUGGGUGAAACAUCUCAAGAAGCGAAAUCUGUGUUCAAGCAAGAUGAGAAAGACAAACCUCAAGCUAAUGUCCCCUCAGCGGUGCCAUCACUUCCUGCUGGGUCAGGGCCUGAAAAAUGUGACCUUGAAAAGAAAAAGGAUUGCAACAAUUAAGUAUCUGACUUUGUCCUUAACCACCUAAACUGGUUUGUAUAAAAUACAGUUGUUAACCUGUUUUUGUUAUCUUUUUCUGUUUUGUUAUCUGUUAACAAAACAAAAUUGUUAUUGUUAGCUGUUUUGAAAAUAAUUUUGGCAAUUAAAUCUGACAUUUUUAAAGGGGAGUUUUCAUUGUGAGUGUAAGGCUAACUGCCCAUGACUUCAUGUGCAGUGCUAUUUGAUUUAAAGCAAUAUGCACUCUGGCUUCUGAUUAAAAAUAGCCAGGAGAACCAAUUUUCCAGGGGUAGUCAGAGAAGAAAAGUACAAAGGAUCACAAAAAAGUAACUGGACUUUUUUUUUUUAACUAAAGAAGAAGUUGUUUGUUUUUUUUUUUUAAACUUAGUGAAGACUCUUUAGAGACCCUUGGACUGUCGUGAGAUCAAAGGAGUUAGUCCUACAGGAAAUCAACUCUGAAUAUUCAAUGGUAGGACUGUUGCUUAAGCUCCAAUAGUUUGGCCACCUGAUGGAGAGUGCCGACUCAUUGAAAAAUACUCACACUGGGAAAGAUUGAAGGCAGAAGAAGAAGUCGGCAGAGGACGAGAUGGUUUGAUACUAUUACCGACUCAAUGAACACGAAUUUGACCAAACUCUGGGACAUAAUGGAGCACAAAGGAGCCUCGGGAGCUGCAGUCCAUGGGGUCACAGAGUCUGACAUGAUUUAACAAUCGAACAACAAUUCAACAUAUAUCUUUAACUGUAUUUCCUUUAUGUUCAACUUAACUAGUUUAUGGUAAAAUUCUUGUCCAAAGAUGUGAUUUAACUCUGCUUUGUAGGCUGUAUGUUAGCAUCCAGAAGCUUUUGUAUGAUUAUACACUGGGAUUGCUGAAAGCUGAUACAGUUUGUGAAAUAAAUGUAUCAUUUCAACACUGA